AUGCUCCACCACCAACGCCCCCCAGUACACAACGACACAAGCACUACCUCUGAGGACGACGACGACGACGACGACAACGAUGUCUUUGAGGACACUCUCCAGCUCUCAGACUCGGACUCCUCCAACCCCUCCUCCCCGACCGGCCGUGCGGGACCCAGCAUCAAGCUGGAUGAACCACUGCCGGAUGAUAUCACAAAAGAUCUAGAGGCCCUCCAGCAGCUCCGCCAGAGCGUGAAAAAGAAUCUCCGUCUGCGUCCCAUCCGUUCUCGCACUGACCUCCGCAAGCUUGAUCUCGACCUCGACAGCAUCAUCUCCCGCUCCGCCUCUUUCACCGCCGCUGCCUCUCCCGCCGCCCCGCCCCUCACCGCACUCAGUCCUACCUCUAGCAUCGCCUCCUCCUACUUUACGCCCUCGUCAGACACACCCCAGAGUGCCCUGUUCUCCGCCAUCCAAGCACCUCGCCCCUCCCCAAUGUCUCCCCCCGUUUCACUUGCUGCCCAAACUCUCGCCAGCCGCCUCAUCCAGCCCAAACGCCCUUUGCUCAUCGACACCAGACCCCUAGCCGCACAUCAGUCAUAUCAUCUCCGCCACAGCAUCAACAUCGCCAUUCCAUCCCUCAUCCUUAAACGCUGCAGGCGGCCAGGCGGCGGCCUCCAGUCCCUCGAUGCCCUUCGCCAGUUCACAACCACCGAACUCGGAAAAAUCCAAUGGGACGCUCUCAUGUGUCCAGGCGGUCCCUGGGACGGCGAUGUCGUCGUAUAUGAUGACGAAAUGGAUCCCAAGGACAAGGAUAACCUGGGUAUCACAGCUUGGGCGAUCAUUCCUGUUAUAUCUCCCCUUUUAACCUACGGCUCUGUCGCUUAUCUCGAAGGCGGCUUGUCUAUCGCAGGCCAUCACCCAGAGCUCCAGGCGCUUGUCACUACAGCAGACGAGCUCGAUUCCAUUAGCGAUAUGCAUAACAACUCUAUACCCCCGCCACUUUCCACGACAAGCUCCCGGGGCGGCAUGAAAAGAAGCGCAGGUCUUCUGCAGCUCGAUACCCAAGCCGCCACACGACUCAAAAAGCUCCCAGAAAUCGAGCUCGCCUCAACCACAUCCUCCAAACCACCCUCGCCGCUCCCGAUAUCGCCACUACCCAUAAUGUCCUCCAUGAUGACCUCAUCCUCAUCCUCCUCCUCCUCGCAGAGUAUCAGUACUGCAGACGCUCAGCCGAUGGACGUUGUCGACGCCUCGCCGUCUCCACCUCCUUCCUCCAUCGGCUUCCGCCGCCCCGCUCCCCCACGCCGGCCCAACCUCCGCCGCAUCGACACCAAAUCCGCCGAACGCCUCGGCCCACCCAAACUCUCCGUGCGCACCAAACAAAUGCGCUCCGCCACACUCGCCGUGCCCCCCACCCUCUCCCUCUCCAUCCAAGCGCCGCCCCAAUCACCUUCACACCUGAACCUCCUCUACUCGACGCACUCACCACCGCCGUCCGCGCGCUAUCCGAUGACGCCGAGCACGGACCCCGCCAACUACCUCACGCCGUACUACACCCCGCCACACACGCCCGGGACACCGAAGCCUGUGCUCCCGCCGUCGCCUAUCACCGCGCGCCCGGACCUCGACCCGCCGACGACGGAGGACGCGUUCCCCGUGUUCACGAUCUCGACGAUCCUGCCCAACUUUUUGUUCUUGGGCCCCGAGCUGACGGCGCCGGAGCAUGUCGCGGAGCUCCAGGCGCUUGGGGUGAAGAGGAUUCUGAAUAUUGCGGCAGAGUGCGAUGAUGAUCAUGGGUUGAGGCUUAGAGAGGUGUUUGAUAAGUAUUAUAAGAUACCGAUGAGGGAUACGGUUGAGGAGGAUAAUAUAUCGAGGGGUGUGAGGGAGGUGUGUGAUAUCCUCGAUGAUGCAAGGUUACAUUCAGCAGCGACAUACGUCCACUGCAAAGCCGGGAAAUCGCGGUCCGUAACAGCCGUAAUGGCCUACCUCAUCCACGCAAACCACUGGACACUCUCAAGCGCAUACGCAUUCGUGCUCGAGCGCCGUAAAGGCAUCUCGCCCAACAUCGGCUUCGUCUCGGAGCUUAUGAAUUUCGAGGAGCAGGAGUUGGGCGGGAAGUCGGUGGGCGUGCAGCCGACGCUGUCGAAUCCUUCCCACCAUGGGCAUGGGCAUGGUGCAAAUGGUGCGGGUACGGGUGGGGAAGGCGGGGGAGGAGGAGGGGGUAUUGGGCUUCCGGAGAGCUAUGUGUUAGCAUCAGGCGCGUCCCGGCGGAGCGGCGCACACGUGCGGGAGAGUCUCCCGCCCAUGGACACGCACAGCGGGCAGCUCAACGGCCUCGGCGGCGGCGUGGGCGGCGCGGGGGGAGGGGGCCCGAUGUCCGCUGGAGGUAUCAUGGACCGCGUGCUAGGUGAUUCAGGGCAGGAGAUGGAGAUCAAGGACUCGUAUGGGCGCUAUAGACAUGCGCGGAGGGCGCCGGUGGACGAGACGACGUUGCAGCCGAUGAGGAGGGUGAGUAAGGCCGGGUUGGAGAGUGCUUCGUGGUCGUGA